CUGCCUCUGUGCUUUUUUUAGAGUAUAUGUGUGUGUGUGUGUUUACGCGUGGCUCUGGCUCUGUGUUACCUGUGCUAGCAAAUGCAUAAGAGCAUAAAAUAUGUUUGGUGUGGCUACGUUGAGCCCGUGGCGGUGGUGUUGCAAAUAAUCGUUAAACCCGCUGAUAACUGCACAAUGUUACUGUACUUGUGCUUGCGGAAGUGUGUUUGUCCAGUGCUCUUCCACUAUCAGCUCGAACGAUGCUCGUCGCGAUCCAUCAUAACACAUCGAAGCAAAUCGAAGCAUAAUAAUCAUUUUGAGAUGUUCAGCUUAAAGUGAAGUGUGCUUAGCAACGGAAGCAGUGUUGUGGGUUACUCUUGGAACACGGGGAGAGUGGUGCAAUGUGGAAGAGCAAAAGGCAGGAGUAUUAUUCACCUAAGUGAUCGGUUUUUGUGCUGGAAACACAUAUACACAUACGUGCGAAUAUUGACAGCUACUUGUAAGAGGUAUGCUGACCAUCUAUGUGACCCCUUUUAGUGUGUGAUUACAGCUACUACUGGGGCGUGCACGUGUGUGUCGCCCCUUUCCGGCCCUGUACGUGAGUGGAAUAAGUGAAAUCUAAAGCACACACGGGCGCAAAGGCGCCAGCAGCAGCAACGACGACGAUGACGACGGUUGGCCACGUUUACCAAUAACGAUCGCCAUUAACACACCAGUGCUGUGAGACCGGAAGUGAACUAACUGCAUACGAUCAGGUUUUGUCGCGUUAUCGCAGUGUGUAGGUGUGCUACUACAGUGUAGUUCGCGUAUGGAUCGUUCUUAAGGACAGGAACAGUGGAAGUCAACAAGCAAACAACACAACACGACGACGACGACACCGUUUAAACUUCCUGUGACCAUACGGACGUCGUGAUCGUGUGAACGGGAAGAUCUAGUGUGCACGUUCAGGCGAGCAUAGAAAGAUGCACGUUCGUCGAUUGUCUCUGGUAUCUUCUUGGCAGUUCGAUUGACAGAGUUGUCGAGCACAACGAAUCGGUGCGUGUAAUCUGCCGAUCAACAAACAAAUAACACAAACCACACAACGACACGAAAGGAGUUGACGUCUACGGGGAGCCGUCGGUGAGCAGUCCCCCCCCACAAAGUACUCCCAUGCCAUGGUAAGCCGAGGCAGCACAAUGCGUCAACCGAUGGCGCUAUUUACUUUACUCGCACUAGCGACGUACGGCCUCAGCUUGAUGUCCACGGUAGCAAGUGUGGCAAGCAGUAGCAGAGGCAGCACAUCACAGCAAGCGAACAGUGCCGCUGAGCUGCAUCGAUUAGGUGGUGUGAGUCAGCUGUAUGACUACCGGCGGGAACUAUUGUUGGCCGGUGGAGAGCGAAGGAAACGUAGUGCCUUCAGCACACUGUACGACACGGGCAAUACACUCAGCGUGAAUGAAUAUGGCGGUGGGCCGGUCAGCAGCGGUAACGUCGGUAGCGGCAACGGUGGCUCUUCCAGAGAGUCCUACGUUGGGCCGGAGCUUUUGCGUGACAAUCGCAAACCCAGCUUCGUCGAGUGUGACAGCUACAAGCCGAUGCUGAAGGAAGAGCAGCCCGUUGGUACGCCGGUACUGCGAGUGACGGCGUCCGAUCCAGACCCGCGGCAAACGAUCGAGUACAGCUUCGUGACAACGCCCGGCGAACGGGCACGCUUUCGGAUCGAUAAGAGCACGGGAGACAUCACGACCGCUCACAUCUUCGACCGAGAUGAGCCGAUCCGCGAGAAGGAGAUCUACAUCACGGUUCGUGCGACCGAUAAUGGACGACCUCGGUUGGACGAUGUGUGCACUUUCAAGGUGACGAUUCUCGACAUCAAUGACAAUCCGCCCGUGUUCGAUAAGGUACGCUACGAAGAGUCGGUGACGAAAGACAUGAAGGCGAACCUGCGAGUUGCUACCAUCUCGGCAACGGAUAUGGACGACGGUGAUAACAGCAUCAUCAAGUACGAAAUCGUGCAGCAGAACCCUGACAGUAGCUACUUCAAGAUUAACGAGAACAACGGCCUCCUUACGCUUACGAAACCGGUCGAUCGUAGCCCUGGGCAGUACUAUUCCAUCCGUGUGCGAGCGUACAAUGUCGAUCCACAGGGUGAGGCCGUGCAGGAUGCGGAGGUGGAUGUUAAGGUACGCGUCGUGGAGUCCAACAAGCUGCCCCCAUACUUCACCAAGGUGCAAGCGGCUGCACUGGUGUUGAACGAGACAUUCAAAAACUACACCGAAUCGUUGGCAGAGUUCGAGGCAGAGUCUAACAUCCCCGAGAAGCCGGAAGUAAUCUUCGAACUGAUCCAAGGUCGUGCUGAGCAGACGAACUCGAAAAAUACAUUCCUGCUGGAGCAGAUCAACAACACUGCUUCGAUCAAGCUGGGAAAGACACUCGAUUAUGAGACUGUGACGGAGUACACGCUGACAGUGAGCGUCAAAAACUCGCACGAUCUUGUGGCGGAAACUGUGCUGAAGAUUAAGGUACUGGACGAGAACGACAUCAUUCCAGUGUUUACGGAAGUGACAUCGGGUACGAUACCGGAAGAUGAGCCACCCGGCACUCCCGUGAUGCAGGUACGAGCAUACGAUCUGGACGGCACACCGGCCAACAACAUCGUCUCGUACAGGUUUGACGAUGAGAACCAGCAACUGUUCCACAUCGACAGUCGAACGGGAAACAUCACGUCGCGGGUGGAGUUCGAUCGAGAGGCAACCGAUUCUUAUCAUUUGAAAAUCAUCGCAGAAGACAACUCUCCGUCGGCGCUGUACCGCAACGGCAAACCGAACAGUAUCUCUCAGCUGUUUAUCAUCAAGAUCUCGGACAAGAACGAUCACCAGCCGAAGUUCGUGAAGGAUCACUUCGUGGCAGAGAAUGUGCCGGAGGAUGCGAAUAUCAACACCGUGGUGAUUGAAGUGACGGCACUGGAUCAAGACACGGCCUCGCUCAUCACGUACAGCAUCAUUGAGGGCAAUGUGGGCGAUGCGUUCAAGAUCGAUGAAAACACCGGCCGUAUCUCGGUAAACAGCCGCCUCGACUACGAGACAAUCCGUGAGUACAUGUUGAUCGUGCAAGCGGACGAUGGGAUCUUCCAGGACAACGCAACAGUCUCGAUCAAGAUCGAAAACGUCAACGAUAAUCCACCGCGCUUCAUCGAUCUGCGCAAUGUUACGAUCCAGGAAGAGACCAUUCCGCCCGGGUGUAUUAUGACCAUCCAGGCGUAUGAUCCGGACAUCGAGAACCGAGACGAGCCGCAGCACAUUCGCUUUUCGUUUGUGAAGGAACAGGAAGAUCUGCUCGAGAUCGAUGAUACCGGUUGCCUUCGGUUAAGGAAGGCACUGGAUCGUGAUCCACCGCAAGGCUUCAAGAGCUGGCAGUUCAUCAUCACCGCGACGGAUGAGGAUGGUGCGGGCAAGAAAACGCCAGCGACUGUAAACAUAUUCUUGGAAGACAUUAACGACAACGCACCACGGCUUUCGAAUGCAAUGCCAGUCGUCUGGGGUGAGAAUCGUUCUCCUGGUUUGAUCGUACGACUGACGGCAGAGGAUGUGGACGAGGCGCAGAACGGUCCACCGUUCCAUUUCAGUAUUGACCCCAACGCUCCGUAUGAGAUCAAGGAACGGUUCCAAGUGCAAAACGACGAGCUGUACGCGUUGGUUGAGUUCGAUCGAGAGGAGCAAAAGGAGUACCGAGUUCCAAUCCGCAUUAGCGACUCUGGCGAAGAACCCAUGAGUGACGUCAGUAUCCUGCAGCUGGUGAUUGGAGAUGACAACGACAACGAGAUGAGACCAGGCGAAAGUCGCAUCUUCGUAUACAACUACAAAGGAGAAUCACCCAACACGGAAGUUGGACGCGUGUACGUAGACGAUCCAGACGACUGGGAUCUUCCAGAUAAGACGUUCAUGUGGGAUGAUGCUACCCGUCAUCAGUCGGUAGACUUUUUCGACCUAAACAGGGACACUGGUAUGAUCACCAUGCUUCAAGGUACACGUGGGGGAGAUUAUGAGUUGAACUUCCACGUGAUUGAACAGUCGAGUCAUUUCCCGCGGCAUAAUGUCACAGCCAAAGUGACGGUAACGGUGAAAGAGAUCCCAGAGGAGGCAGUGGAUAAGAGUGGAUCGAUCCGUUUCCAUAAUGUAACUGCGGAAGAGUUCGUAUCGCGCACACCUGGUCAGCUCACAACGCCCAAAGAUCGACUGCAGGCGAGCAUUGCAAACACGCUCAACGUUAGUCGAGAGAACGUGGAUGUGUUCACCGUGUUGAAGCGCGACAAUGUCAACGGAACCUUCCUGGACGUUCGGUUCUCGGCCCAUGGCAGUCCUUAUUACGCACCUGAACGUCUCAACGGAAUGAUGGGCUAUCGGCUCCGUCAGUUGGAAGAGGACGUAGGCUUUUCGGUGCUGAUGGUGGGCAUUGACGAGUGUAUCGAAGAAGGUCGCAACUGUGAGCUAUCGUGCAAGAAUACGCUCUACAAGUCGAACGUCCCUAUCGCGGUAUACACCAACACCAGCUCGUUUGUGGGUGUGAAUGCCUUCGUACAGGCAGAGUGUGUGUGUGAGGCUCCUUCACCGUCGCUCACAUGUCUCAAUGGAGGUUUCUUGGUGAACGAUCGCUGCUCCUGUCCCGAGGGCUUUGAAGGUCCUCAUUGUGAGAUGCUUGGCAUCGGGUUCUAUGGCAGUGGAUAUGCGCUUUAUCCCCCGAUCAGUCCUUGCAACAUGACGCGAAUAAGUGUAGAACUAUCACCGCAGCAGGAAGAUGGCUUGGUGAUGUACAUCGGUCCACUCAACUAUAAUCCUCGUCUGCCUGUGCAGGACUUCUUGGCGUUGGAGCUCGUGAAGGGACUCCCUGUGUUGCUGCUCGACUACGGCAGUGGUACCAUUCGUAUCGAACAUCGGCAUCGAUUCCCCCAGGGUAAGCCAUUCACCGUAGAGAUCGUGCUUCAACCGCAGACAAUCGAGAUGAUCGUCGACAACUGCAAGCUGUCCACGUGCAUGAGUCUGGAUGCGCCAAAGGGACCGAAUCGCUUCCUAAACGUGAAUGCUCCACUGCAACUCGGAGGAGCUGCAGUCAACCUAGACUACCUCGGAUCGCUGUUCAACUGGACGUACGUGCCACAGGACAAAGGUUUCAGUGGCUGCCUGCGCAAUCUCACCAUCAACGAGCGCACGUACGAUCUCGGUCUGCCCAGCCUGGCAAAGAAUGCCGAUCCGGGUUGCCAACGCUCGGUUGCGGUCGCCGUAUCGUUUGGCAUCGAUUCCUACUUCCUCAUUGCAAUCAUCGCGUGCAUAGUGGUGUUGCUCAUUUUGCUGCUAGCCGUUGUCGUGCACAAGAAGCACCAGGACGGCUGGCAUGAGAAGGAUAUGGACGACAUCCGGGAGACGAUUAUCAACUACGAGGAGGAGGGUGGCGGCGAACGGGACGCCGAGUACGAUCUCACCGUGCUGCAAGGUCCGCCGAUCUAUCUAGACAAACCGUACGGCAGCGAGCUGCGACAGAAGGAGGCAAACACCGAGGUGCCUGAUAUUGGCGCGUUCCUCACCGACAAGAAGGACGCGUGCGACAAGGAUGCGGACGCGUAUCCGAUCGACGAUGUGCGGCAUUACGCGUACGAGGGUGACGGCAACAGUACGGGCUCGCUGUCGAGCCUCGCUUCCUGCACGGACGAGGGUGAUCUGAAGUUCAACUAUCUAUCGAACUUCGGUCCACGGUUCCGCAAGCUCGCCGACAUGUAUGGGGAAGAACCGUCCGACACCGACUCGAACGUGGACGAUGAGGAAGGCUGGAGGAUAUGAGACGAACGCACGGGGCAUGAAGAAGGUGUGUGAUAAAAAAACGAACACAACUGUGUGCACAGUUUAUGGGUGAGCGUGGAAUGGAGUGAACGCGAUAACGAAAGCAUGCAAGCGUAUGUAUAACCGUUUUCCUAAUCAAACCUAGCGAUAGACGAUCUUGUUUUCUCUCUUGUGAUGAUCUUCCGUUCGGUAGUACUGAACCACCGUAUCUCAAAACAUGCAAAACCGAAGAGGACAAUCUGCUGUAGGACAAACACAUAGGUAUUCUAAACGUACGCCUCGAAGCGCAAAAGUCACGUUAGAUCGAAGAGAGGGGACAGUGUGUGCUGGUUCAGCUCGUUCGGAAUAGAAUUUUGUCUGUUCUGGGACGUACGGAUUUUAAGAAAACAGUAAACAUCGAUUCAGUUCCUACGGGCCGCAAACGUUUCUGCGAAAAUUGCACGAGUCAUCCUGCUGCCCUAAAUCAGGUUAGUUGAAAUAGUUAUGAGCUUAACUCUUGUGUCAAAGAUGUAUAAGGUAGCAACAUAUUUAUUCCUUCUCGGAGCAUUGCACAGUAAUAUGAGCUUGAGCGUGCAAAUACCACAAUUUUUCUCGCCUUCUGUCAUUUAUGCUUCCUCAUCUCGACAUUAGUGGGUGCACAAAUCCGUAUUACUGCUGCCCCGAGUGAGUCAAAUGUCAUGACUCCGUGAGUCAGCUCUAUUUCCACGCAAACGUAUCAAGUCCAAAAGCUUGCAACGCUUCUUGCGAACUCCCCACCCCUACUCCCUGCUACUGAUGUGGUACGCGUGGGUGAUUAAUAGUGCAAACCUCAAACUGGAACAUCCAGACCAACGCGAACAAAGAAGGUUCCUUUGCUUGCGGGAUGUUUUUUGUUGUUGUUGUUGUCCAACAUAAGGGAGAAUUUCCUUUCGACACCUCGCGUGUGCUCGCUCUCUCUCUCUUCUACGCUUUUCUUCAUACUAAUGUUAUUGAUUACCUUUUUCCCCCUUUACUGUCUUCGUAAAGGUUUCCCCAAGCCAAUACCUUAAGUCGGUUUUUUGUGUGUUGUUACUGUUAUUGCUUUUUGGAAUCAAAAGGAAGGGCUCGCACGACGAUGACUCAUAAUGUGCAAUCGGCUCGUAGUAACGGUGCGAUGUUUUUGCUGUUUUCUCACCUUAUUUUAGACCCUUUAGUGUAGUAUUAGCGGCGUGGCACUAAUAGAGAUGAUUGUUCAGGACUAUCUGCGAAGAAUGAAAUUCAACGACUAUGAACUACGGUUUAGAACUUCUCAAAAGCAAGGAACGGAUGCUUCGAGUGGGAAAUGGAGUAAUAGUGUGGAUUCUUCCGCUUUCCGUUCGUUCAUUUUAGGUUUCGUUAUCCAAAUUAUUUUUUGUAUAAGAUUAUUUCUAUUCCGUUACUAAUUUUUAGCUUAAGAGAUAGUAUCGCUAAGGGUUAGGAGGAUUAAAUCGACAUUGUGGAGAAGGGAGAUACGUGAACAUUUACUGUAGCAGAGGGGGUAUACAACAUGCAACCGAAUAUAAGACUUUUACAGAACGAAAAUCAAAAGAAGUAAACAUUUUCCAAUGUGCUAUCGAGAGAAGAGGAGCGAUGGUGUGUGAGUGUGUAUGUCAACGGUGUUCAUGCACAUCAUGCUUGUUGAAGAGCAGGUUAUUCUAGCAUUAAAUAGAGAAUAUGCGGUGAAGCAUUUAAGCAUUUAAGGAGUUCUCACGGAUCACGACAGCGGGAAUGGAAGAUAGUCGCUAAGGUUAGAUAGUGCUUAUAGGAGGUGAAGUGGGGGAAACAAAAGUGUGUUAUUUUAAUUAACAAGCGAACCAAUCAAUGGCAAACACACGCGACACACACAGAGCAUUGGGAAUGAGAGGAGAAAAACAACAUAUUUACAUCUGACCGAGCAUAAUGUGUGUACUUCGAGAGGCCACAAUUUUAAAGCCAAUUAUUUGAUACCGGAGCAAAGGAGAAGGAGAAGGUGGAGCACAGAUCGAAAUAUGCCUUACAAAUGUACCAUAGCAAAACGGGAGGGAAAACGAAUAAUGUUGCCUUAUUCAGCUGUGUGGCAGCUCCACUGCCGCGGUGCACCAUUUUGCAUUCAGUGUCCUCGCACAACGGUUGUGUUAGCACAGGGGGCGACAGGCAAGAUCGAAUCGAAGUCGUAUAUAUUUUUUGUGUAUUUAUUAGCUAGAUGAAUCAUAUAACACGGCGGCAGCUCUUAAAUAACGUGAUAAACCGAAGGAGCAAAGAUUGCGAACAAAUAGGGAAAGUUGUAGGUUGUAUAGAAGGAAAAAAAUAACUGAAAAAGGAAAGAUCACAUGCGUGAUGAGGUAUGAGAUGUUGAUCUCGUCCCCGAAGCGAACAAACAGUCCCGGAAAGUAGAGGAGUGUGUUCUUCCGUGCUUUUAGUUUACGUACGUGUACAGUCAACGAUUUUAAUUUUGUUCUUUGCUGCUAGGAAGAAACGUACUGUUUCAAAAACAUACAGAAAAGAAAAGGAGAUGGACACAUUAUUACGAUUAAGAACAUUUUGCUAGCAAUCCCCCCACAUAAGACACAGAGAGAAAGGAUAGUUUGCGUUGUAUAGCAUCGAUUUUAAUCGCGUAAAAAAGACACUGUAAAAGAAGCAAAGCAAUGACGAUUGUGGCAAUGUGGCGAUUUGUUUGUUGCAUUCCCUCUCGUCGAUAAUUUAAAACAAAACCUCUCAACAAACGGUUAGACUGCCCAAAAAACAAGCAAAUAUCUUAGCUAACAUUCCAUACAUUAUUAACUCGUUUUUGUUCGCAUUCAUUUAUGCGCCAUCCCUACUCUACCAUUCAGUAUCGAAACGAAUGCGCCCGUUUUUGUUGGGCUGUGGUUCGUGCGAAAUUUAGCCAGAAAUUUAGAAUCUCUUACACAUAAAGACACCUCAUUUUCGUACCAUAUAUCUCUCCCUCUCUCUGUCUGCCGGGAAUGUUUAGUUUUAAAGCCCCCCCCCCCUUUAUUCUUUGGAACAAAUCUCAUUACAGCACACUCCAAAAGGGGAUGAAGCUUGUUGUGUUUUAAUGUUGCUUCUUGCCCGUUGUUAGGUAGUAAUGUAACGAGCAGCAGGAAGGAAACGAGUUGAUUUUACAAUAGCCAACCCAUCAUCGGCAGUCUACCAUCGCUUUCCCAUUGUGUAAGCCUAGGAUUCGAUCCGUGUACGACAGAUUGUGCAUUCUCCAAUAAAUCGCACUAUGUUUGGUUCCUCGGGAACCACGACAUAAAUGAAGGGAGAUUUUAUUUGAACAAUAA